GCCCGAGGACAGGCGGAGGCGGAGGGAGCCGGGACGCUGGUGGCUCCGGGCAGAGGCCGCAGCUGAAAGAUGCCGGUCCGCAGGGGCCAUGUCGCGCCCCAAAACACUUACCUGGACACCAUCAUCCGCAAGUUCGAGGGCCAGAGUCGUAAGUUCCUGAUUGCCAAUGCUCAGAUGGAGAACUGUGCCAUCAUUUACUGCAACGACGGCUUCUGUGAACUCUUCGGCUACUCCCGAGUGGAAGUGAUGCAGAGACCAUGCACUUGCGACUUCCUCACAGGCCCCAACACCCCACGCAGUGCCGUCUCCCGCCUGGCGCAGGCCCUGCUGGGGGCCGAGGAGUGCAAGGUGGACAUCCUCUACUACCGCAAGGAUGCUUCCAGCUUCCGCUGCCUGGUAGAUGUGGUGCCUGUGAAGAAUGAAGAUGGGGCUGUCAUCAUGUUCAUCCUCAACUUUGAGGACCUGGCCCAGCUCCUGGCCAAGAGAGGGAGCCGCAGCCUGACCCAGCGCCUGCUGUCCCAGAGCUUUCUGGGCUCUGAGGGCUCUCAUGGCAGGCCAGGUGCACAGGGGCCUGGCACGGGCAGGGUCAAGUACAGAACCAUCAGCCAGAUCCCACAGUUCACACUCAACUUCGUGGAGUUCAACCUGGAGAAGCACCGCUCAGGCUCCACUACAGAGAUUGAGAUCAUCGCACCCCACAAGGUGGUGGAGCGGACCCAGAACGUCACUGAGAAGGUCACCCAGGUCCUGUCCCUGGGUGCGGAUGUGCUGCCAGAGUACAAGCUGCAGGCACCACGCAUUCACCGUGGGACCCUCCUGCACUACAGCCCCUUCAAGGCCGUGUGGGACUGGCUCAUCCUGCUGCUAGUCAUCUACACAGCAGUCUUCACGCCCUACUCGGCCGCCUUCCUGCUCAGCGACCAGGACGAGUCUCAGCGCGGGGACUGCGGCUACACCUGCAGCCCGCUCACCGUGGUAGACCUCAUCGUGGACAUCAUGUUCGUCGUUGACAUUGUCAUCAACUUCCGCACCACCUAUGUCAACACCAAUGACGAGGUGGUCAGCCACCCCCGCCGCAUCGCCGUCCACUACUUCAAGGGCUGGUUCCUCAUCGACAUGGUGGCCGCCAUCCCCUUCGACCUGCUCAUCUUCCGCACUGGCUCUGAUGAGACCACAACCCUGAUCGGGCUGCUGAAGACGGCACGGCUACUGCGGCUGGUGCGCGUGGCUCGGAAGCUGGACCGCUACUCUGAGUACGGGGCGGCUGUGCUCUUCCUGCUCAUGUGCACCUUUGCACUCAUUGCACACUGGCUGGCCUGCAUCUGGUAUGCCAUUGGCAACGUGGAGCGGCCCUACCUGGAGCCCAAGAUCGGCUGGCUGGACAGCCUAGGCGCUCAGCUCGGCAAGCGCUACAAUGGCAGCGACCCAGCCUCAGGCCCCUCGGUGCAGGACAAGUAUGUCACGGCCCUCUACUUCACCUUCAGCAGCCUUACCAGCGUGGGCUUCGGCAACGUCUCACCCAACACCAACUCUGAAAAGGUCUUCUCCAUCUGCGUCAUGCUCAUCGGCUCCCUCAUGUACGCCAGCAUCUUUGGCAACGUGUCCGCCAUCAUCCAGCGCCUAUACUCGGGCACAGCGCGCUACCACACGCAGAUGCUGCGAGUCAAGGAAUUCAUCCGCUUCCAUCAGAUCCCCAACCCUCUGCGGCAGCGCCUCGAAGAAUACUUCCAACAUGCCUGGUCCUACACCAACGGCAUCGACAUGAACGCGGUGCUGAAGGGCUUCCCCGAGUGCCUGCAGGCCGACAUCUGCCUGCACCUGCACCGCGCGCUGCUGCAGCACUGCCCGGCCUUCCAUGGCGCCAGCAAAGGCUGCCUGCGCGCGCUCGCAGUCAAAUUCAAGACGACACACGCGCCGCCGGGGGACACGCUCGUGCACCUCGGCGACGUGCUCUCCACGCUCUACUUCAUCUCCCGCGGCUCCAUCGAGAUCCUGCGUGAUGACGUGGUCGUAGCCAUUCUAGGAAAGAAUGACAUCUUUGGGGAGCCUGUUAGCCUCCAUGCCCGGCCGGGCAAGUCCAGUGCAGAUGUACGGGCCCUGACCUACUGUGACCUGCACAAGAUCCAGCGGGCAGACCUGCUGGAGGUGCUGGACAUGUACCCCGCCUUCGCAGACAGCUUCUGGAGUAAGCUGGAAGUCACCUUCAACCUGCGGGAUCCUCAGGAGGAGAGGUUCUGCUGGCCCAGUCCACGCCCAGCUUCUGGAGGCAGUGCUAAGGCAGGUGGGGGUCUCCAGUCAUCACCCCAGCAGGCUCCAGGCAGCCAGGACCACCAAGGCUUCUUCCUUGGUGACAACCAGUCAGGUGCCACCCCUUCCCUAAGCAUCUCGGAUGCAUCUGGCCUCUGGCCUGAGUUGCUGCCUCAAGUGCCCCCAAGGCCAAAUCACAGCCCUUCAAACCAUCACAGCCCUUCAAACCCUCAGGGAGACCCAGACUGCUGGCCUCGGGAGCUAGGCUCCAGGCUAGAGCAGCUCCAGGCCCAAAUGAACAGGCUGGAGUCCCGAAUGUCCUCUGACCUCAGCCGCAUCCUGCAGCUCCUUCAGCAGCCCCUGCCCCAGGACCACACUGGCUACUUUCUGGGAGCACCUGCCUCCAACAACCUGGCCUUGUUUCCUGCGACCUCAGCUCCUCAGAGUACAGGAACUAGACUGCCCCAGGGCAAUCUGCCCCCUGCACAGACCCCAAACUACAGUGAUUUGGAUGAAUGUAGGCUGAAGCGCAGGAACUCCUCCUCCAGGAUGCCCCACCCAGCCCUGGAAAUGGACAAAACUCUGACACUAUCCUUGGAACAGGAGCAGCCUGAGGGGCUCCUGUCACCCCUGGCCUCACCUCUGUCUCCCCUGGAGGUACAGGGACUUGUCUGUGGUCCCCGCUUUCCUUCCCUCCCUGAACACCUCAGCUCUGUCCCCAAACAGCUGGAGUUCCAGAGACACGGCUCAGAUCCUGGAUUUAUGGGGAGUUAGAGUCACUGAACCCCAAGAUAAAAGACACCAUGAAGGAACUGAAGGUGGGUGAGAUGACAGUUAAGGAUUUGGGGGAGGCAGACAGCCUCUAAAAUAGCCCUCUGAAAACCAUUCACCUAGAAUAGCUACAGACUGCCAAUCCAGUUGAUCCAAGAUGGCAUGAGUGAAGAGGCUCAGGAUUUUCCCAGCCUCCUCCAGGGCUCUGUUCAGACAGCAGGCCUGGCAGAGGGUGAGUGGGCCUCAGGUGUGGAGCUAAUUUAUGGGACAGAUGGGUCAGUGAAGAUAAGAGACAUUUCUGAUCUAUGUCAGAGCCUUGCUCUGGGCUGGGCACAUUCACCUCUCAGCUUAGAACUACCCACCACCACAUAGCUCAGCCCCUACAGGCGGUCAAGACCUCCUGCUGAGAGCCUGUGAACCAGCUGGAGAUGAAAGUGUCCUCUGUGUGGACACAUCAGGGCACAGAGCUCCAGCCCCCAGCCACUAUGCCCCUGAUGGUUCUGUGAUGACCAAUGGGACCCUAGUGGGCAGUGGAGUGUCUCACAGCUAAUAAAGC